AUGGAGGUCCCUAAUUCUGAACAUAUUGCUGCUACCCUUUAUUUGGGCAAAUUUGUGGUGGAUGUUAAUCUCAAGACAAAAGGAGGACUCCCUGGGUUUCAUCUAAGCUUUCUUUUAGCAACUUUGGAUGCUUUGGUUAAGGAAGAAAAUUGGAUGGUUUUCAACGCUGUUUUGGCUUGCAUUAUCUAUGGCAUUGUUUUGUUUCCUAAUGUGAUUGAUUUUUUCGAUAUGAACGCCAUUCGUAUCUUCAUGGUAGGGAACCCGAUACCAACACUUUUGAGGGAUGUUUAUCAUUCCAUUCAUUCCAGAAAUCACAAAAAGAGAGGUGGCUUAGUAUGGUGUUAUGCUCCUCUUUUGUAUCAUUGGUUCAGAAGCCAUCUCCCUUACAAAGGGGCGUUUGUGGAUAACAAAGAAACCUUGAAGUGGUCCAAGAGAUUGAUGGGGCUUACUUCCAAUGAUUUGGUAUGGUAUAACUUAAGAUUGGAUAGGAUGGAGAAAUAUGAGGUGAUUAUGAGUUGUGGAGAGUUUCCUAAUGUGCCUCUCAUGGGCGUUAGGGGAGGUAUAAACUAUAAUCUCUUAUUGUCUCAGAGGCAAUUGGGUUAUGCUUUGAAAGGACCUCCAGAAGGUAGAAGUAUACAAGAGUCUUUGUUCUACAAUGUGGCUGAGGGUGUUGAAAUGAUGAAGAAAGUUGGAAAGGCCUGGAAUCAUAUUUCAUGUAAAGGAAAAAAGUUCUUUGGCAAGAAGGAUUGUGUUACUUAUCCUUCUUACAUGGACUAG